GUGAUACCGUCAAUAUGUAAACGAUUAUCUCCGUGUUGUUAAAAAUAUUUGGUGCUAUUAAAGUGCUUACUUCGUUGCAAAAUUAUUACUAAACGAAUCCUUAGUACACAAUCUACCGAUUAGUAUUUGUGUUGACAGUGAAUUAUAUACAAAUAUAAGUGAAUUCAUCAAAUAACAAUUUCAAUUUUUGCUUCGUAAUUUGUCGUCGACCAGUGUCAGUGCGCGAUCAUGCUGUGACUCAUCGACUAUAGUGCGUUAUACUCCGCUCAACUACUCCGGAACUGGCUCAACUACUACUUAAUUUCGCCCAUUGCGAACAAGUGAACUUAGCGCAGCGGUUAACGUAAGCGCUAGGCGUGCUGGUGACCAGAGAUCGAAUCCGACGAGGAGCAGUCGAUUAUUAUUAUUAUUUUUUUUUUCUUCAAAUUUUUUUCUUCUUCUCUUUCUUCGUCUAAUAAUGGCUAGUAACUGCGGAACGUGUGCUGGUUGCCAAAAUUUAAUCACAGAUAAAGAAUAUUUGAUAUGUUUCCUAUGCAGAAAGCAAUAUGAUUUAAUUUGCGCUAAUGUAUCGCAACAAAGGUUUUACAACACACUCACAGGUGAACACCGACUGUCGUGGCAAUGCGUAUGCUGUGUUAGUAAAAAACCUAAGUCGGAUAAUACCAACACUCCAGUGCGCGGCGUAUCUGAUGGAGUUAAUCUGAAUAGAGGCGCGGCGGCCUGCAACCUGUCGCAGAACCUAGAUGACAGUAGCGCGUUGAAUGAUACAUUGGAUAUGACAGAUAUGCAAGUAUUCUUGCUGGAAGCGCGACAAUGGCGGGAGGAAAUGAAAGCGAUGCGUGUUCAGCUUGGGAUUUUCACUACAACGAUCGCUAAACUCACAGAAAAACUGGAGGAUAGUGAUCGCAGAUGUAACCAGUUGGAGGGACGUGUGAAUAGCCUGGAGAAUCAAAUUUCUGAAUUAAAUUCUAAUAGUGAUAAGUCAUUGCUGGCAACGAUCGAACAGCUGAAGUCAGAACUAAAUGACCGUGAUCAAGAUUCUUUGGGGAAUGAUUUAGAAAUCUCCAAUAUACCUGAAGAUAAGGGUGAAAAUUUAUUACAUAUAGUUACCGCUAUAGCUGACAAGCUCUCUGUAAAUAUGACAGUUCAAGAUAUUGUCAGCGCAACACGAGUAGGCAGAUCUGCAGAAGCGGCCGGGGUUGAAAAUACACGCCACCGUCCCAUCGUUGUCCGAGUCGUGCGGCGCGCAUUACGUGACGAGUUGCUACGCUCAGCCCGCGUCCGCCGGGGCGCUACGACUGAGGGCAUAGGCCUACCCGCACCACAUCGCCGCUUCUAUAUUAAUGAGCGUCUGACUAAGACCAAUCGUUUUCUAUUUAGCCGAGCAAGAGAACUCGGCAAAUCUCGAGGUUGGCGGUAUGUGUGGACAAAAGAUGGAAAAAUCUUCGCGCGUCGUGACUCGCACUUUGAAUCUCCACGACAUCGCAUCCGUGGUGAAAAGGACCUUGUUAAAAUUUUUCCUACUGAAAUCGUUAGUCCAUCUAAUUUGUAAAGUUAUUCGUCAUGCUAUUUUAACUGUAACUCACAAUUUAAGUAGUUUAAUUUUAUUCUAUUCUAACAUAAUAUUAUCCUAUUUUUGUCAUAAUUUUAUUCUAAAAUGGCUGUAUUGUCAAUUAUUUAAUAAUUUCUUUCAGUUUAAUCGCAUUAAUAAUAAUUCAUUAUUUUUUCUAAUAAAUACAAUCACAAUUAAUG